GCGUGUGUUAUUCAGUGCAGUGAGCGGGUGCAUCAGCGCAGCAACGAAAGUAUCCUCCCGUCCGCCUGAUUUUGGAAGUGCCGUCGAAAUUACUACUGCUCCGUAUUCCGACUCCGUAUGUGAAAAUGGCAACGAAAACUGACCGGAAAUUUGCCGAUCUUGGCUUGAAACCGUGGGUCGCCAAUCAAAUGGAUAAACUUGGUCUUCGUCGUCCGACCCCAAUCCAGGAGGCUUGCAUCCCACGCAUUUUGGAAGGUCAGGAUUGUAUCGGCGCUGCCAAGACCGGUUCCGGAAAAACGUUCGCCUUCGCUCUGCCAAUCCUGCAGAAGCUGAGUGAGGAGCCGACCAGCAAUUUUGCCUUGGUGUUGACACCAACGCACGAGCUGGCCUACCAGAUUGCGGAGCAGUUCUCCGUCGCGGGCCAACCAAUGGGCGUGAAGGUGUGUGUGAUAACCGGCGGGACGGAUCAGCUGUUGGAGGCACAGCGGCUGCAGAGCCGGCCGCACAUCGUAGUGGCCAUGCCGGGUCGAUUGGCGGCCCAUUUGACCGGGUGCAAUACGUACUCGUUCCGGGCGAUGCAGUUCCUGGUGGUGGACGAAGCCGACCGGGUGCUCAGUGGUAGCUUCGACGAGGAUUUGGCCGCAAUCGACAGUUUCCUUCCGAAAAAGCGCCAGAAUCUGUUCUUUUCUGCCACGCUGAAGGACUUUAUGCGGGAGAACAGUGUGUUUCCGAUCGAGACGGAUGCCUUCGAGUGGUCAGAGGAAAGCGAAGUGGCCACCGUGGAAACGUUGGACCAGCGGUACAUUCUGUGUGCGGAUUACGAUCGGGACAUGGUGCUGAUAGAGACGCUGCGGAAGUUCAAAGAGGAUAACGACGAGGCCAGCGUGAUGAUUUUUACCAAUUCUAAGAAGGAUUGUCAGGUCCUGUCCAUAACACUGAACUCUAUUGGAUUCGAUAAUGUUUGUUUGCAUGGCUUCUUGAGGCAAAAGGAACGGGUGGCUGCGCUAAACAGGUUCAAAUCCAAACACGUGAGGGUCCUGAUAGCUACGGAUGUCGCCAGCAGAGGCUUGGACAUUCCGAACGUUCAGCUCGUAUUGAAUCAUCGGUUGCCGAAGAUUCCCAACGAGUACAUACAUCGUGUGGGACGGACGGCAAGAGCGGGACGGAAAGGUUUGGCCAUUUCGAUAUUUCGCUUUCCGAGAGAUUUGGAGUUCCUUGGGGAAAUCGAAAGCUUGAUAAAUACGAAGCUAACGGAACACCCGGUGGACCAACGAUUGGUAGAGCGAAUCUUCAUGCAGGUCAGCGUUGCUCGAAGGGAAGCUGAAAUGAACCUGGACACCAAGGACUUUGACGAGCGGCAGCACAACUACCGGCGCAAAAAGUGGAUCGAGCAGGGUCUGGAACCGGACGAGAUGGAAAGCAAGUGGAAACAAGAGAAGGAAUCGCGAGCUGCCGAACGGAGGGAACGGCUCCGAAAGGAGAAUGAGGCACGCAAGCGAGCUGCAGCGGUUGAAGGAGGGUCUAGCACGACCAAAGACGAACGAUUCACGGCGGUGGCACAAAAUAAGAAAUUCAAGAAACGGAAAUUCGUUACAACUGAGCAACUGGAUGAGUUUGCUAAGGGUAAAAAAGUUAAGCAACAGAGUGAUGGAAAGGGAAAAGCGAAAAAAGGAAAACUAAAAGUCAAGAAGAAUAAAAAGCAAAUAAAAUGAAUGUUUAGAUGCCAUAA